AUGUCUCUCCUUUUGAAAAUCGAGCUUUGUUUGAAAAUCGAGCAAUGCUUUUCCCGUAUCAUUCCGCUAGACAUUUUCCGUCGAUGUCUUGAGUGUGUAUUUACGCCCACCAAAUCGGAAUACGAGAUCAAAGUGGCCAAGGAUGUGGACAUAAAAAACUCGGAGUGCUAUCAGAAUCCCAAGACUAUCCCAUGCCCCGGACAUUGCUUUAAAACUUACGUUGAGUCAAAAUAUUAUGGUCGAAACAUCUUGGAAGGUGCCAUAUUCGGUUGCUCCAAUGAAACUCUUGAUGAAGAACCCUCAAAAUUGAUAAUUCCAAAAAAAGUAUCGAUGGGAAAACUUGACCUGGAGGACAACUACGUUUCACUUUUGACUGAAGUAGCCCAUUCUGUAAAAAAACAAUUCUACAUAGUGUUCAAAAAGGCCGAGCUCAUUUCUAUGGCCUAUAACUUUGUUCAUAGACAAUAUAAUGUUUUCCAAAUAUGUAGUAUCAUUUGUAGUACUUGUGAGUUUUAUUAUAUCCUAUUUAUAUGGUCCAAAAAUUCUAAAAGAAACCAUGGCAAGGCCAUCCAGGUCCCCGUUUUUAUGCUUUCAGCUAUUGACCAUGCCCUGGGUAAAACUUUUGAUUCUUCUUCUCUCCACCUUCUCAUCCAUCCCCUCCCAAGAUUCCAACGAGGAACAGUCCGAAAAUCUCAAAUGCAUUUCAUGCGCAACAAAAACUAUAAGCUUAUAAACCAAAUAUUGGGAUUUUCGUUUCAUCAAAUGGAAAUGAAUAUCGGAAAAGAAGUAUUCGUUCCUUGCGAUGAGAACCACCUCAACUUUCUACCAUGCGAUGGACACUGUGUCGUUAUUUCUGUUGUAUAUGAACGCAAAAAUAAGAAGCAAAGUGUAAUAGUUAACACUUCUUUAUAUUCUCUUUGUCUUCAAAAGAGCAGCUAUAUUUCAGGCUACAUUACGGGAUGCUCCACGAAUCUAUUUCAUGUUGACCAACCAACGAAACCUCGUAUUUUUCCACAGUAUACGUUGGUUCCACUGUAUUUUCAAGACGAAAACGCUAACAUGGUUUACAAAUGUGCACUGAGAACAAGAGAAAAAUUCGAAGAACGAUCUGUCCAUGUAUCCCAAUCAAUCGGAAUCCAUGACAUCGCUUUUAUAAUUCUAUUCAGCUUCCUUCUCCUUAUUCUCCUUUUUGCUAUAAUUGUCAUUUUCCGCUAA